CUUCCUCUUCUUUCUGGAACUUCAUUAGGAUUUGGUUUGAUUUAUUGUGAGAUGGGAGAAAUGAGUAACGAGGUUGUUGAGGUGACGGUGGUUGAGAAACCAGCGCGGCGGAAGACGCGGAGGAAGGACGCCACAGAGGGCGGUGAUGGUUUGGUGACAUGGGAGAGGUUUCUCCCGAAAAUCUCUCUCAGAGUUUUGCUUGUAGAAGCAGACGAUUCCACAAGACAGGUUGUAUCUGCUCUUCUCAGGAAAUGUAGUUACAAAGUUGCAUCUGUACCUGAUGGGUUGAAAGCAUGGGAGACGCUAAAAGGAAACCCUGAAAGUGUCGAUCUGAUACUCACAGAGGUUGAUCUACCUUCAAUAUCUGGAUACGCUCUUCUUACUCUUAUCAUGGAGCAUGAUACCUGCAAGAACAUCCCUGUCAUAAUGAUGUCGACACAAGACUCUGUGAAUACUGUGUAUAAGUGCAUGUUGAAAGGUGCGUCUGACUAUCUUGUCAAGCCGUUGAGGAGGAAUGAGUUGAGAAAUCUCUGGCAACAUGUUUGGAGAAGAAGACAAAAUUCACUUGCUCCUAAUAGCUUUCAACUUGAUGAGAGUCUCGGACACCAGAAACCUGAGGGUGCUCAGAGCUCAUGUACAAGACCAGAGAUGGAAGGAGAGAGCGAGGAUAACACAAGAGACUCAUCUAAAGAAGCUAUUGACUUCAUGGGAGCUUCGUUUACAAGAAACACACAAGGCAACAGAGAAGAAAGUGUUGCUAAAUAUGAAUCUAGGAUAGAGCUUGAUCUCUCCCUGAGAAGACCAAACCAAUCUUCUAGAGACAAGCCCUCUCUUCAUCCUUCUAGUGGCUCUGCUUUCACAAGGUACGUUCACAAGCCGUUGCUGACACAAUGUUCUGUCUCUCCCUUGGUUCCCGACCAGAGAAAGAAUGUUGCAGCAAGUGAAGAUGGCAACAUUGUGGUAACCAAUCAAUACAAUUCAUCUGAACUGCCUCCAAGUGCUCCUAGAAGAAACGAGGCCAGCUUUUACAAUGGUGCUGACUCACCUGGUCCACCUUCUUGGCCAGGACAAGGUUCUUACCUCCCAACGCCAGUUCCCAUCAAGAAUAUACAGUUCACAGGUCCUGACAGAGCUCCUGCUUCAAGCCCAAAUGAGUACAGUUCCAUGUUUCACCCAUUCAACGGUAAUAAACCUGAGGGUUUGCAAGAGAAAGAUGUAGAGGAGAGAAGACACGUCUCUUUUGCAAUAGGCAACCACUGCAGUACCAGCUACAUUGAUUAUCACCAUCAGCAUCAUCAGCAGCUUCUGGAGAAGAAGAACCAAGAAGGAUACUCGUUGUCUGUAGGGAAGACUGAGCAAUCUCGUAGGGAAGCUGCUUUAAACAAGUUUCGGAUGAAGCGCAAGGACAGGUGUUUUGAUAAAAAGGUUCGUUAUGAGAGCAGGAAGAAACUGGCAGAGCAACGUCCGCGUAUCAAAGGGCAGUUCGUUCGUCAAGUCCAAUCCACUGAGACUACAACACAAGAAGCUCCACAAUGAUAUUUAUUAGUAUAUACAGUUCAGUUUUGUAACAACUAGAGUACUUUGUUUUCUCCGAUUCAGGAGCUGUUCUUGUACUAACUUCUCCAUAGUUGGUGACACCUAUGUGUAUACCUUCAACUUUGGAGCUUUGUUGUUAAGUUUAGUUAGUAAUCAACUUUAGAUAUGUAAACUACAUAUGGUGGUGACACUUUUUAUGUGUACAUGCUUUGGAGCUUUGUUGUUGAGUUAGGUUUAUUUCGGCUCAACUUAUAUUAAUU